CGCAGCCGCUAUUGCGUGUGUUUUGAAAUCUUCCUCCCGUCCUCAGUUUCUGGUCGGAGCAUAUGGAAUCGGGAGGAGGAGGGCGGCCAGGUUUUAUGGAGAUCGAGGCGGCAGCGGCGGACGGGUUGGGGAGAUCGGACAUCUUCCACAUCGUCAAGGAGAUCCUCGGGUUCGUCCUCUACAUGCACCAACAGAUCCCGUCGCUGCUUCAACACCUCGAAAAUGAAUUUGAUGCUCUAAAGGAGGAACAUGAAAGUUUGGAAGAGGCAUGUCGAACACCGGAAGAAUCAAAGGCAUCCGAUAGGAGGAAACAUAAUUUGAGGAAAAGAGAGAUCAAACAGGGGAUCAGGAGGCUGGACAAAUUGAUGUGUUCCAAAUCGAGCUUACUUUCUGCUUUUCGACUGGCGCUGGAGGAGAUGCCUGACAUUCGAGAAGUUACUUUGAUUCUUGGAGCGAGUAUUGUGAGACCUCAAUACGUAUACCAGCUGGUAUUUUCUGGAGGGAAUUUUGGUUCUGGAAAUGCAAAUAAAUGCACUGAAAGGAAAAUUUCUGAUAAUAUUGCUAGAAAGGCCAUUCGAGUUCUAAUAUCUGCUGGUGCCGGGAGUAGUACUUACACAGGUCCGUCCAAGUUGUUCUUGCUCGUCAGAAGUUCCUCUACUUUCAGCCUGCCUCUGCAUUUUUUUCCCAAGCGUGAUUUCCGAUUCGGCAAAAAGGUAGUACCACUCAAGUUACACAUCAAUUGCAAGAUUCAAGCACGUGCCAUGGAUGAUUUGCAUCGAACAUCACUUGCUGGCAGCUCCUUAUGUCCUAAUUCCACUGAAUAUGAUGCGAUCUGUUACGAUAAGAUUAACCUAACACUUGAGACUGAAUGCCGAGGAAGAAGUUGAUUGCUAGUUACCAGAAUCCGAUGGCACAAUGGUAAUGAUAUUGGUAGAAGAUCAAUCUUCAACCUCGCCUUUCUCUACUUGUGACUGGCCCAAUAAAAGUGUGCUAAUUUUGAAGAGUUUCUAUUCCAUGGCAUCUCUAACAAGCUUAGCUUUUUUAUAGGUUUCAAUGCAAGCAUGUCAUCAGGGGUUUGCCUAGCAAGACUCCAGCAGAAUGUUGAGAAGUUGUCAUGUGUUUCAUCAUAACAAGGGCAAUGAGACUUUUGUUUUUUUUGUCUUUUCCCCCCCUUUUCUACUGUCUAUGGCGUAUUGGUGGAACGGCAAAUGAUUUCGCCUUGCGAUUUUAAACUCCAAUUCUAAUCUGUGUGGUUGAUAUCCAUUCUGGAGAAGAGAACAAAGCAAAGAUGAUUCUUCA